UUUCGCCGGCCGGAGCACUGGGCUGCUGUGACGACGAUGGAGGAACGGGGAGUGGGUCGGGCCGCCGCGGGGCUGUGAGCUGGUGCCGGGGAAGUCCCGCGGGCGGGGCGCCGAGGCCCGGAGCUGGGGAUGGGGAGAAGAAGAGCAAAUCCUGUUAAGGUACUGCGGAUCUUUCUUCGUAUAUCCAGUAGGACCUAAACUGUAGAAAUAUAUAUGUGUCCCCUUGCUUCAAGGAACUAGAGACGGAAAGGAAAUACACAGCAAUAACAAGUAGAAAUGGGCUUUCUGCUCUGGAUUUGGUUCUUUACAAAAUGAAUAUUGCAUUGUUUCACAAAGGUUGGACGCUCCAGUAGGAUUUGUCACGAUCAGAGCAUUUAAAUCAACAGCUUUUCUUCAAGACUUCUGUGCAGCUUUUAAAGUUUUAAUCACAAUGAAUUCAGGCUUAUGGAGUCAAGAAAAAGCAAGUUCAUCCUAUUGGGAAGAGCGGAUCUUUUACUUGCUUCUCCAAGAAUGCAGUGUCAUAGACAAGCAGACUCAAAAGCUCUUGAAAGUGCCCAAAGGUAGCAUUGGGCAAUUUUUCCAAGACCGUUCUUCUGUGGGACACUCCAGAAAUAUUCCUUGUAAAGGCAAGAAACUGCAGAUUGGAUUAAAGAUUCUGGAACAACCUCACGCAAUCUUGUUUGUGGAUGAGAAGGAUGUUAUAGAAAUAAAUGAAAAACUAGCUGAGUUGCUUUUGGCCAUUACUAACUGUGAGGAAAGAUACAGUCUGUUUAAAAGCAAAAGCAGGUUAACUAAAGGCAUCCAAAUAGAUAUUGGCUCACCUGUUAGAGUACAGUUGAGAUCAGGAGAUGAUAAAUUUCCUGGAGUUGUUCGCUUCAGAGGACCUUUAUUGCAAGAAAGGUCCCUAACAGGAAUAUACUUUGGAGUAGAGUUGCUGGAAGAAGGUCGUGGUCAGGGCUUUACUGAUGGACAGUACCAAGGCAAGCAACUUUUCAGAUGUGAUGAAGAUUGUGGGGUUUUUGUUGCUUUGGACAAACUGGAGCUGGUGGAAGAUGAUGACAAUGAACUGGAAAGUGACUAUGCAGCUCCAGUUGACGCAAUGCAGGUAGAACUUCCUCCUCUGGAGAUCAACUCCAGGGUUUCUCUGAAGAUAGGAGAGAGUAUAGAGUAUGGGACAGUUAUAUUCUGUGAUGUCUUACCAGGAAACGAAAGUUUAGGAUACGUUGUUGGAGUGGACAUGGAUAAUCCCAUUGGAAACUGGGAUGGAAGAUAUAAUGGAAUACAGCUGUGCAGUUUUGCAAGUGUCGAAAGUACACUUCUUUUGCAUAUCAAUGAUGUUAUUCCAGAGACUGUGUCACAGGACAGGAGACCUCCUAAGCUUGCCUAUACCUCAAGAGGUGGUGGUGACAAAAGCUUGUUCAAUCACAGUAAGCCAAAGGCUACAGGACCUACCUCUGAAUCUGGAAAUAGAAACAGAUCUGAAGUCUUCUACACAUUAAAUGGCUCAUCAGUUGACUCUCAGCCUCAAACGAAAACAAAACCUCCAUGGUAUAUUGAUGAAGUUGCUGAAGACCCUGCAAAAUCACUUACUGAUUCAUCUCCUGGAUUUGGGCAUUCUUCACCACCACUACAGCCACCUUUAACAAACUCUGUGUCUACAGAAAAUAGAUUUCACUCCCUCCCUUUUAGCUUGACAAAAACGUCAAGUACUAAUGGUACUAUUGGACAUAGUCCUCUCUCUUUAUCCGUUCAGUCAGUCAUUGGUGAUGUAAAUACUACGGCUAACCAGGAGAGUCCAUCAACAGCAGGCCCAGUCGGGAACUCACAUGGUCUUGAAGCAGGUUCCUUGGCUGAAGUUAAAGAAAAUCCUCCGUUUUAUGGAGUAAUCCGCUGGAUUGGUCAGCCCCCUGGAGUAAACGAAGUAUUAGCUGGACUGGAACUGGAAGAUGAAUGUGCAGGUUGUACGGAUGGAACGUUUAAAGGAACUCGAUACUUCACUUGUGCUCCAAAGAAAGCUCUUUUUGUUAAACUCAAAAGCUGCAGGCCAGAUUCCAGGUUUGCCUCGCUACAGCCCGUUUCCAACCAGAUUGAACGCUGCAACUCUCUAGCCUUUGGAGGUUACUUAAGUGAAGUGGUAGAAGAAAACACUCCUCCAAAAAUGGAAAAAGAAGGUUUAGAGACAAUGAUUGGAAAGAAGAAAGGUAUCCAGGGUCAUUACAACUCCUGUUACUUAGACUCCACCUUAUUCUGCCUGUUUUCUUUUAGCUCUGUUUUGGACACUGUGUUACUCAGACCUAAAGAAAAGAAUGAUGUAGAGUAUUACAGUGAGACUCAAGAGCUGUUGCGGACAGAGAUUGUGAAUCCUCUGAGAAUAUAUGGAUAUGUAUGUGCUACAAAAAUAAUGAAACUGAGGAAAAUACUUGAAAAAGUUGAGGCUGCAUCAGGAUUCACUUCAGAGGAAAAAGAUCCAGAAGAAUUUUUGAAUAUUUUAUUUCACCAUAUUCUAAGAGUUGAGCCACUGCUGAAAAUAAGAUCAGCAGGUCAGAAAGUACAAGACUGUUACUUCUAUCAAAUUUUUAUGGACAAAAAUGAGAAAGUUGGAGUCCCAACAAUUCAGCAGUUACUAGAGUGGUCAUUCAUCAACAGCAACUUGAAGUUUGCAGAGGCACCCUCUUGCUUGAUUAUCCAGAUGCCUCGGUUUGGAAAAGACUUCAAAAUGUUCAACAAAAUUUUUCCAUCCUUAGAAUUAAAUAUAACAGACUUACUUGAAGAUACUCCCAGGCAGUGCCGUAUAUGCGGAGGGCUUGCUAUGUAUGAGUGCAGAGAAUGUUACGAUGAUACUGAUAUUUCUGCUGGGAAAAUCAAGCAGUUCUGCAAAACCUGCAAUACGCAAGUUCAUCUUCAUCCGAAGAGACAGAGUCAUAAAUUCAACCCAUUGUCACUACCUAAAGAUCUGCCGGACUGGGAUUGGCGACAUGGCUGCAUCCCAUACCAGAAGAUGGAGUUGUUUGCUGUUCUCUGCAUAGAAACAAGCCACUACGUAGCUUUUGUUAAAUACGGGAGGGAUGACUCCGCCUGGCUUUUCUUUGACAGCAUGGCAGAUCGGGAUGGAGGUCAGAAUGGCUUUAACAUUCCACAAGUUACCCCAUGUCCAGAAGUUGGUGAAUACCUGAAGAUGUCUCUAGAAGAAUUACACUCGCUGGAUUCCAGAAAAAUUCAAGGCUGUGCACGAAGACUACUUUGUGAUGCUUACAUGUGCAUGUAUCAAAGUCCAACAAUGAGUUUAUACAAAUGAACAACGUUUUCUGGAAAACUGAAGAAACAGUAUCGAGUUAUCGACUGUUGCAUUUGCUGCAUUUUUUGUUUAGUUUUAAUGCAACCGUUGCUGGCAAUGGAUGCGAUGACAAGGAAGAAGUUGACUCUGAGAGCAAAAGGAUUACUGUUCCAAAAACUACAUGUAGAGUUCUGUAAUUGAAGUAUUUAAGCAUUUUGCACUCUGGGAAGUGUGCUUGUGUGUGUUUUUAUAAACAAAGUUUAAGUGAAGUUACUAAAACUUAAAGCUUUAAGUGCAUUGAUUAUACAGAGGUUUUUUUGAAAUGUUAAAGGUGGAAUUAUAUCAGGAGAAACCUCCUUAGUCCAUUGAGAAUGUAAAGAUACACAGUGUUCUUGCUCAUGCAUUUCUGUGGACCAAGGAUGGCGAUUCUCUUGUGUUUCUCUACCCUCCACCCCCACCACUUAUCCCCACCCUUUAAGCACCGUGGAUUCUCUCUUGAAGACAGAGUACCUUCAGUUUCAGUUAAGAUAAAUUUUAGACUGCUCAUUGCAUAUUAAUUCUGUUCUGUUAUUUAUUAUAUUCUCAUCAGUUCACACGUUUGCAUCUUCAAAAAUUAGCAUUCAUUCAAAGAUCUGAAUUCCUAUCUUGUGUGAAAAUCAAGCACACAGAUUUUCUAUCUGUUAACUUGUGGUUUUUGGAGGGGAAAAAGAGGAGAAGAGGGUAUAAAGGGGAAGCAUAAUUGCUGAAAUGUAAAAUUAGCAAUGAAAGUUAACAUGUCUUUUUCUAAGUGUCUUUUUAAAGAAACAAAGCAGUCUGGAGCAGAACAGCAACUAUAUACAAGUGAUUUGAGGACAAAACAAUAAAAUAGUGGAUUGCCUCAGGGAAUGUUACUGAAGUGGAUUCUAGUCCUUGGUAAAACAAAACUGACUUUUCUACAGUACGUUAAGCUACUACCUGGGAAUAUGUUGUACAUCUGACUCUUCAUUUCAGGAUUACUAGUGAAUAUUGAAAAAUCUCUGCCUGCAAAGAUGAAAUUAUAAAUAAAAGUAGAUCAGGAUUUUACUGUAUGCCAAGUACCUAAAGAAAACUAACUUGAAAAGCUGCAAAACCCAUGUCGAUCUAAAAUAGUAUACUCUGAAGUCCUGUUCCUGUUUUGCAAUGAAAUACUGUUGGUUUAGUUGCUUUUUAGCUACUUCUGUCUACACUGACUACAAACAUGCAACUAUAUAUAUACAGUAAAAUCUGGUUGUACAAAUUGCAUAUAUAUGAGCUGUACAUUUCCAACUCAAAGAUGUUUUAUAUGGAAAACUUCCUUUUUGGGAUCACGUCUAUAGAAGGAGAGGUCACAAAAUGUAACAGAGAAAAAGCCACUGUUGUAAAGACAAGGCAGACUGAUCCCAUAUUGUAGAAAAUGUGGUUACUUUGUUCUUGGAAAAAAUCUAAAAUCUUUCUUUGGGGCACAGAACAGUAACUGGAGAGAUUUUAAAAUUGUGCUUCAAGGACUAAUCUGUCUAAAGCAAGGGGUGCUGGGAGACUUGAUCUGUUCCGUUAGCUGCUGCAUGAAGUGUGCUUUAAUUUUUUCACUCUCAAGAGCAAGGAAGUUAUUAAAAGUGUCACUGUUGCUUUCACUUCUGAUAGUCUCCUGGCUUCCAUGUUCCCUUGCCUUAUUUAUCUAGUCUGUGCUCCUUGGCAAAACUCUAUUUCUUUAGUUUCACUACUGCUGUGAGCUCUUGAACUCUUCCCUGGAAAAAUUUCAGUAAGGUUUUAGGUGAUGGAUUCACCUGUCAGUGGAUGGGGUUAUUGUCCAUUGGCUCUUCCUUGGCUAUAUAAUGUCCUGCUGUGGGACAGCAGAUGCUUAGAAGCGUUGCCAAAGAUGCCAUAGAAGCAUCUCAUAGGCAAUAUAAGGUAAAAAGACUAGUUAUAGGUCUUGGCUAGGCUGCUUCUAUUUAUUAAAAUGGCUCAAGAACGCUUGCAUCGUCUGAGCAGAAGGUAUGGUAACCGGCCUUGGCUGCAUAUUGAUGAUGGAGUCUGGCCACAGCCUCCAGGUACCUCAAGCGAUGUUUCUAAAUAGAGCUGUUUACAAAGCAAAGGCAAGAGGGGGCUUGCAGAAAAAAGGCAGUAAUAUUACUACAGCCUCUGAACUUGCUCUCUACAGAGUUGGAUACCUUGUUUGAUAUCUUUAUCCCCCUAGCCCCAGCCUGACUCUAAACCUGAAAGUAGCUGCAAGCGGUGCCGCCUUCCAAACAAGGAGCAAACAUUGAGGCUUUACCAAAAGAACAAGCACAAAUCUAUGUACCAAUGAGACCGAUGUGAAUGUCUGGAGUCUUUCUCCUCCCUAUCCCUAGAUUUAUGUUCUGGUUUUCAUGAUGCAUUAACUUUAUAUGUCUUCAACUCGUGCCAUCUUUCUCCUGCCCAACCUUCACAUAUGUUACAUAGUACCUAAAGUUACAGGUAUACCUUACCUCUUCCUGCCUGAACUCGGAGAACAGCCUUGGAACUGCUGUGGCCAGAGGGGAGACUUGGACUUGGCAAUCAUAGUAAAGUUUUCUAGAUGAAUAAUUUUGUAGCAAAAUAUCCACUCUCACUACUGCAAAUAUCCAAGAAUCCCAUUUUUUCAGGAUGCGUAUUCUGUUAGCAGAAGUGACUGAAAACGGAUGUAAACAAACUGCUUGGCUUCUUGCCUCCAAGCUUCUGCCCUUUGCCUGGAAAUGUAAAAGAAGUUGUGUGAACUCUUACAGUGGUACACAUAGAGAACAGAAAAACCUGAGGAAGUUUCAAUGCAUUCUUGUGCAUGCUUCUUGGUCACAAAUGCUGUGUUUCAAAAUGCAGGCAGUACUUUGCAGCCUGCAUUUUGUACUACUUCAUACUGUUGCAAAAGAGUAAAUGGGAUAUGAUUACAAGGUUAGCUAAUUGCUUAACUGAUAAGAGGGCAGAGAUGUCUUCUAUAGCAUUAAAAAAGUGUUGGUUUUGACAAUUGAGUCUUCUUUUAAUCCAAAAAGUAUUGGUUUAUGGUGUACUGUAUUGGAGAUAAUCUGGCCCUGUAAAUGAAAUGUUAUGGAAACUAACCCCAAUCUUUAUUUCCUUUCUCGGAGUCUGCAGACAGAAAAGUGGUUUCACUGUGAAAAGAAGCUUGUAAAAUAACUUAUAUACAAAGGUAAGAAACUGUUUUAGCCUUCAUGUAUUGUGGGAGAAUGGAAUACGUAACUUUUGAAGAAACAGCCUGCAUUUUAAAGCAUCUGUUGCUGUUAAAUGUAAUGCCCAAAGAUAGCACUUGGAUGAUUGUUUCAUGGCUCAGCUCUUAAGUAUUGCUAACAAUGGCCUUAAUCUGUGAGUUGGAAUACACAUAGAAAGUAUGGUUCCUUGACAGACUGUAAAAACAUAAAGUUUCAUAAUAAAUAAGCUUUCAUAUUUGGGAGGAAAAACUGCACCCCUAUACAACCCUCAGCCCUUACUGUACUCAUUAUUUUUAGAAAUAGGGGUUCAAAUCAGUAGAAAAUUGAACAAAUCACUGUGCCACUAAAUGCUUAUUUAUUUUGAGCAGAAGGUAAAGGUGUUAGUUAAAGGUGAUGCCUUACACAUUACUAAAAUAAAAACCCCAAACCCACAGUGAGGUACAUCAGAAUGCUUGGCUUUUGGUGUGGGAGAUGAUUGGAGGAAAAAUAGAAAUACCUAUGUUCAGUAACGGUCUUUCCUAUAGCUGCGAUACUGAUUCUGUGCUCUUGAAAAAUGUACUACUGUGUUUUACUAAACAGCUUGUCAGCUUUCCAUUUUAAGCAAGUACUAUGUGUAACAGGAAUUACUCAUAAUCAUAAAUGGUUCAUUUCUAUGCACUUAUUUUUCUUGUGCGCUUUAUACUGCACUGAGCAGAUGAACUUGGUCACCACGCUCCCUAAUGAUAGCCUGUUUAAUACAAUCUAAGGCACAACAUGCUGCAAACUGGAAUUUUAUGGUUUCAGACUGAGUUGGUGUAAAAAGCAGCGUGAAAGCUUUGUGUAUUUUUAUCACUGUAACAAAGCAUGUUUUUCCUCUGUUCUUGAUGUUUUGCUAAAUAAACAUCCCAUGUUUUGUGCACAAA